CCCAAAUCCAGGCAUUAGUUUCUGACCAAAAUUCCCAGUUGGGGUUCCCUAUUUUGCAAAAAGAAGAUGAGUUAAAUCUUGAAAACAAUGGUUGUGUUGAGUUGGAAAAGAAAGAGGAUGAGUUAAAUCUUGAAAAUAAUGGUUGUGGUGAGUUGGAAAAGAAAGAAGAUGAGUUAAUUCUUGAAAACAAUGGUUUUGAUGAGUUGACAAUGAAAGAAAACAAGUUAAAUCUGGAAAAUAAUGGUUGUGGUGAGUUGGAAAUUAGCCCAAAAAUGCCUGAUUUUGGUAAUCUUUUGAACCCUCCAUCAAAUCUUGAAAUUUCCAGUGAAUCUGAUAACCAAAUGCAGAUACUGAUUUCUGACCAAGAUUCCCACUUGGGUAUCCCUAUUUUGCUAAAAGAAGACAACUUGGAAAAGAAAGAAGAUGAAUUGAAACUGGAAAACAAUGGUUUUGGUGAGUUGGAAAUGAAAGAGGAAGAGUUAAUUCUUGAAAGCAAUGGUUUUGAUGAGUUGAAACUGGAAAAUAAUGGAAACCUUUUGGACCCUCCAAAUCUUGAAAUUUCCAGUGAAUCUGAUAACCAAAUGCAGAUACUAAAAAAUAAUGGUUGUGGUUUGUUGGAAAAGAAAGAGGAUGAGUUAAAUCCUGGUUGUGGUGAGUUGGAAAUGAAAGAAGAAGAGCUGAAACUAAAAAAUAAUGGUUGUGGUGAGUUGGAAACGAAAGAGGAUAAGUUAAAUCUGGAAAAUAGUGGUUCUGUUGAGUUGGAAAUGAAAGAGGAUGAGUUAAAUCUGGAAAAAAAUGGUUGUUGUGAUGAGUUGGAACGGAAAAAAGACGAGUUAAAUCUGGAAAAUAAUGGUUGUUGUGGUGAGUUAGAAAUGAAAGAAGAUGAGUUAAUGCUUGAAAACAAUGAUUGUGGUGAGUUGGUAAUGAAAGAAGACGAGGUAAUUCUUGAAAACAAUGGUUGUGUUGAGUUGGAAAUGAAAGAAGACGAGUUAAUGCUUGAAAACAAUGGUUGUGUUGAGUUGGAAGCGAACGAAAACGAGUUAAAUCUUGAAAACAAUGGUUGUUGUGUUGAGUUGGAAAUGAAAGAAAACAAGUUGAAAUUGGAAAACAAUGGUUGUUGUGGUGAGUUGGAAAUGAAAGAAGACGAGUUGAAUCUUGAAAACAGUGGUUGUGUUGAGCUGGAAAUGAAAGAAGACGAGUUGAAUCUUGAAAACAGUGGUUGUGUUGAGCUGGAAAUGAAAGAAGACGAGUUAAUUCUCGAAAACAGUGGCUGUGUUGAGUUGGAAAUGAAAGAAGACGAGUUAAUUCUUGAAAACAGUGGCUGUGUUGAGUUGGAAAUGAAAGAAGACGAGUUAAUUCUUGAAAACAGUGGUUGUGUUGAGUUGGAAAUGAAAGAAGAUGAGUUAAUUCUUGAAAACAAUGGUUGUGGUGUGUUGGAAAUGAAAGAAGAUGAGUUAAUUCGUGAAAACAAUGGUUGUGUUGAGUUGGAAAUGAAAGAAGAUGAGUUAACUCGUAAAAACAAUGGUUGUGGUGAGUUGGAAAAGAAAGAAAACGAGUUGAUUCUUGAAAACAAUGGUUGUGUUGAGUUGGAAAUGAAAGAAGAUGAGUUAAUUCUUGAAAACAAUGGUUGUGCUGAGUUGGAAAUUAGGGGUUUGAGGCCGAGUAGUGGUGGGUCGGUGGCGAAAAAGAGUUUGGAUGAGUUCGUUAAGGAUUGGGUUGAAAGGAAGGUCAAUGCUGGUAUUGAUAAGCGGAAUUGUGUAUUGCCAUUCCUUAUUCAUGCCCCAAAAUCGGUUGAGUGCUCUGUUUGCCAAAGAUUAAUUUUUCCAGGCGAGGAGGUAGAAUGCUCUGUUCGAGAUUGUCCGGGAAUUUUCCACUUAGAGUGUGCAAAAGAAAUACUCGGGUCAUCUUCUCCCAAAACAUUUAAGUGCCCUCAGCAUGUAUGUUAUGUUUGUAAUAAAAAGAUACAUCUCUGGCGGUGCAUCAGAUGUCCACUAGCAUCACAUGAUAAAUGUGCAGCAUUUCCGGAGCACGUGGUUCAUUUGAAUGAUCAGCCAGGGCGAGUUAUUUGUUGGAAGCAUCCAUCAGAUUGGCGUCUGGAGAAGCAUGAAGCCCCAGCAAGUAAUUUGGAGGAGAUAUUCAAGAGUUUGCCUUUACCAUACAUGGAGGAGGAGUUCAAGAUUGACAUAAAUUGGAAAGACAUGAUUGAUAACAGAUCUGAACCACCUCCUUACGUGCAUAUCAAGAGAAAUGUCUACCUCAUUAAGAGAAAACGUGAUGACAUUAAUGCUGAUAGUGGGUGCACGAGCUGCAGAUCCACUGAAUGCUCGGACAGUUGUGUUUGCAGGGUUCAAUCCAUAAGUUGUUCGAAGGCGUGCCAUUGCUCUGAUAUGUGCUCAAACAGACCAUUUCGGAGAGAUAGAAGGAUAAAACUUGUCAAGACUGAACUUUGUGGUUGGGGGGUAGUAGCAGCUGAAUCCGUAAACAAAGGUGACUUCAUAAUUGAGUACAUUGGCGAAGUAAUUGACGAUGCCUUGUGUGAGAAAAGGCUUUGGGACAUGAAAUACAAGGGAGUGAAAAAUUUCUACAUGUGUGAACUACGGAAAGAUUUCACAAUUGAUGCAACAUUCAAGGGAAACUUGUCCCGUUUUCUCAACCAUAGCUGUGAUCCUAAUUGCAAAUUGGAAAAAUGGCAGGUAGAAGGUGAGACUCGAGUUGGUGUCUUUGCUGCUCGAUCCAUUGAAGUAGGAGAACCUCUGACCUAUGAUUACAGAUUUGUGCAGUUUGGACCGGAAGUGAAGUGCCAUUGUGGAGCUUCGAAUUGUCAAGGCUAUCUUGGCAGCAAAAAGAAAAUCACAAGUAAACUGGACAUCUGCUGGGGUUUGAAACGCAAGAGAACGUCUACUUCUUGCCUCGCGAUCAUUAAAGUGAAUUCAUGUUAGCCUAUUUUUUUUAUUCGAUCAAUUUUUGUAUAUCGCAUUUUCCACAAAAUGCAAUAAAACCAAAAGAAAGCCACUGCACAAAAAGAGAGGAAAAAGGAACAACACUAUUGCUUGUAUUAAGCAUUGUUACAUUGGCGGCAGAUACAUUGAUUCAUAAUGUCAUACGCCUUUUUUCGAGCAUAGUUAUUUCACUUCUGAAAUAUGACAGAAUCCUCACAUUGUAAAGAUUGGAUCUUUUCAUUUCAUUGCCUUUCAAUU